AGUCACCAGAUGCUGAUAUUGCCAUGGAGGUAGCUACAUCAGAACAGCAUGUUUCUGAGGCAAUAUAUGAUUGUGUUAUCUGUGGGCAAAGUGGUCCUUCUACUGAAGACAGACCCACAGGGCUGGUUGUACUAUUACAAGCAUCCUCAGUGUUAGGACAAUGCCGCAAUAGCACUGAGCCAAAGAAACUACCGACUACUGAAGAGGAGCAAAUAUACCCUUGGGAUACCUGUGCAGCACUGCAUGAUGUGAGGCUUACAACUUUACAACGAUACUUUAAAGAUAGUUCCUGCCUGCAAGCAGUGUCAAUAGGCUGGGAAGGAGGUGUUUAUGUACAAACUUGUGGUCACACAUUACACAUAGAUUGUCACAAGUCUUACAUGGAAUCUUUACGGAAUGACCAGGUUCUCCAAGGUUUUUCAGUGGACAAAGGAGAAUUUACCUGUCCCCUCUGUAGGCAGUUUGCUAACAGUGUUCUUCCUUGUUAUCCUGGAAACAACGUGGAGAGAAGCCUCUGGCCAAGUCAUAGUAACAAGUGUAUGCGAGAUCUUGUACGAGAGGUGGAAGAUCUUCAAGAACAGCUGGGAACUUUCCCAGUAAGCAUCAGUUCUGAAACCAAUCUCAGUAAGGAAAUGGAAUCUGUAAUGAAAGAUAUAAAAAGUACCACACAAAAGAAGUAUACAGAUUAUAGUAAGAGUCCUGGAUCACCUGACAAUGAUUUUCUGUUUAUGUAUUCAGUAGCCAGAACAAACUUGGAACUUGAGCUGGUCCAUCGAGGAGGCAAUCUAUGUUCAGGAGGUGCAAGCACAGCUGGAAAAAGAUCAUGUUUAAAUCAGCUGUUCCAUGUGUUGGCCAUGCACAUGCGCCUCUACAGCAUAGACUCUGCAUACAAUCCCUGGAGAAAACUAACCCAGCCAAUGCAGGAUAAAAAUUCAGAGCAAGGUAACUUUGAAGAGCUGCCAGAAGUUCCUGUGCUUUACAGAGAUGUCUCAUCCCUUUUGCUUAUCCAGAUUUUAACCAUGCCUCAACCAUUACACAAAGAACACUUCACCUGCAUUAUAAAAGUGCUGUUCACUUUACUGUAUACUCAAGCCUUGGCAGCACUUUCUGUUAAAUGCAGUCCUGAAGGUAGGAUGGCAUGGAAAGAGUCAGGAGCUCUCAAAAAGAAUACAUGCAGUGGAGAAAAAUCUUGGGAAGUAUUGCUGAGUCACGUGAUUAGUGAGCUGUCUAAGGGGAAGAUAUAUGAAGAAGGGGAGACUGAAGAAUUAACAGUGGUAAAUCCUGAUUCUGCAGAGCACUACCUGCAGCAGUUCUGCCUGCCUUUCCUCAGGAUCACAAGCCUUCUUCAACACCAUCUUUUUGGAGGGGAUUUACCUAGUUGCCAG